ACACCUUUCUCAAUCCCCCAACUUGAAGCUUGUAUUCCUCUGGUUUCCAUCUGUUGUUCGUACCUUUUCUUCAUAUCCUAUCUCUUCUUCAGCACUAUACCUUAGACUUUCGAGUUUAAGGUUGAUUUUCUUUCUGGUUUGUUUGCUAUUUGAGGUUUUUUUUUGUAGGAAUGGAUAAUAUUUCAAGGCUUGGGGAGGAAGAUGGCAUGAUAGAAUUGCCUCCGGGAUUCCGAUUCCAUCCCACUGAUGAAGAACUCAUAACUCAUUACCUUACCCCAAAGGUUCUUGAUAGUUGUUUCUGUGCGGCAGCUGUUGGUCAGGUUGAUUUGAACAAGUGUGAGCCUUGGGAUUUGCCUUCGAGGGCUAAAAUGGGUGAAAAGGAAUGGUAUUUUUUCUGUGUUAGAGACAGAAAAUACCCAACUGGUUUGCGAACAAACAGGGCUACAAACGCCGGCUACUGGAAAGCCACGGGGAAAGACAAAGAGAUUUACAGGGCAAAAACACUUGUUGGGAUGAAGAAAACUUUGGUUUUCUACAGAGGAAGAGCACCUAAAGGAGGAAAAACCAACUGGGUCAUGCAUGAAUACCGUCUGGAAGGGAAAAAUUCAAUAUACAAUAUGGCCAAUACGGAGAAGAACGAGUGGGUUGUUUGCAGAGUGUUUCACAAGACUGCUGGAGGAAAGAAAAUAAACAUAUCAGGUUUGGUGAGGUUAAGCUCCUACGGGAACGAAUUCCGUCCUUCCGUGAUGCCUCCAUUGAUGGAUUCUUCUCCGAACAACAGUGAGACAAUAGCUGCUGCAGGCGAGACAUCUCAUGUGACCUCCUUCUCCAAUCCAUUGGAGGACCAGAAAGCACAGGAAGACGGGAUGGAUAGCUUCCACACCUCUCUUGUUGCUUCUUCUUCUUCCUCGAAUCCCUCGAAUGUAUCCCCUGUUUCGGUUCUGUUGUCAGGAUCUCUUCAGAAUCCUCCAUGUGCCUAUCAAAUUAUCCCGAGCACUGAAAAUUUGCAGUUUGCAGAGUCUUUCUUGAUGCAAGACGGGUCCAUAUUGAAGAUGUUGAUAGAAAAUCAAGGAGAGAACAUGAAAAUGAACCCGAAAGUAGAGUUCUCACAGGAUUCAGGGGUGUCCAAAACUGAAUCAAUUCAAAGGACUUUUGACAAUCAAGAUCUUUCAGGUUCCGCUGGACCAGUGAAUCCAGAUUGGUUCUGGAGUUACUGAGCUUGAAUAUUGGAAAAUGGUCAUGACAGCAAAAUGGAGCAAAAGAAAAUUUAAAAAGAUUGAGAGAGAGAAUGAGAGAGAGCAACGAAUUAGAGUUGGAUUCUCAAUUCUUGUGAAAUUGUCCUGUAAAAUUGUGUGCAUAGAUUGAUUGAGGAAGUAAGGAUAUUGAUCCAUAUGAUCAAAAAAAAAAAAAAGAGGAUAUUGAUCCAUGUCUUAUAAUUAUUAUUUUUUUUAUCAACUCUUGUAAGUUGUUAAUUAUUAGAAAUUUCGCUUCACUUAAUGCUUAGA